AUUAAACCCGACACGCGAAACGGAACGCAGCAGCUGAGCCGCAGCACAAAAAACCUUGAACAAAUACUGUACCCACAGACCAUACUUUCAACCAACCACCAUCCACUAAACAGUCAUGGAAGCCGUUCUUCGUGUCACCGACGCUCUCAAGUCUUUCCGGGAAACCCGCUUGAGCACCCUCAGAACUCCUGCAGAGUUCUUUGAUAUCCACCGAAUUUCAAGACCUGCAGAUUUCAACACGGCAAUAUCGCGACUCACAUAUAACACUCGGUAUUUCUCGGGGAACUACACUCUCAUCGUAGCUGCUCUUGCAGUAUAUUCCAUUAUUGCAAGUCCUCUCCUUCUCUUAUCCCUCGUCUUCCUCUUUGGAGGCUUUGCCGCCAUCAACCGUUUUGGAUUUUAUUUAGAGGAAAUAUAUGGGCAGUUCGUCACCCAAAAGACCCUGUACACAGGGCUCUUCGUGAUCGGCAUCCCCCUUCUGUGGUUCUCCUCUCCAUUCAUGACUUUGUUCUGGCUCAUCGGAGCGUCCGCGUGUCUCAUUCUCACCCACGCAUGCUUGAUUGAACCAGGAGUGGAGAGCGAAUAUGCAAAUAUCGAAGGAGCAGUGUAA